AUGAAGGGGGCGAGCUGGACGGCGCUGGUGGUGGGGUACACGCAAGGCGAUAUGCUGAAGUUCGCGAAGAUGAUGGAGAUUACAUCAUGGUUCCCCAAUGUCAACGAUCUGAUCCAGGGUAGCGACGAAAGCACACCAAGCGGAUAUUUGUGUCUGUCCCCAUCCAGGAACCGGGACGAGGACGCGGAGGCCUCCAAGUUCAAGAAGCAGGCCGCCCCCACAACCCCGGGGAGAAGCCGAUGCACCCGCGACGAGAGCGGCGGAGCUGCGGGACGACCUCCGAAGGCUCUCCCACGCCGGUCGGCGCGGCUUACCGGCCGGGAUCCGGACCACCAUAUUGUGCUCGACGAGGCGGAAGAGGAAUGCGAAGUCAGGGGUAACCAAUGGGCGAUUACGCCUGUUCAGAGAUCUACACGGUUCCAACGAGGUGAUAAGAGUGUGAGCAAGCCCUUAGUGGAGAAGCAAAGUCACCACAAACUGCUGCCGUUCACACCAAAUCCCCGCGACAUUCCCCAUAACAGCAAGACUCAAAAUGCUGUUAAGAAAGACAAAAAACUAGAGAAUCCACCAAGGAGUAGCCAGAGAAUUGCUGCAGUAAAAGCUUCUGCAAGGAUGGAAAAACACAAUAAGCUCCAGACAGUGUAUGAAGAUUCCCAAGAUGCUCCUGCCAGGAGAAAGACUGCAGAUGCAUCUUACAAAAAGAGUGAGAUGCAAGAGCCAAAGCCCAGUCGUGGUGAGGAGCUGACAGGAAAGAGGAAGAGAGGCACCGGAAGAAAGCAGGCAUCAAGGAAACAAACUCACAAGGAGCACAAAUCUGAUUGUCAAGAAAUUGUACCCAUCACUGAACCCAGAAACAUCAUCCACAAGAAGAGUGAAAAUAAUCCUUCUUCCAUAGUGCAGCCUAAAAUUGGUGAUGAUAUACUGAUGAACACCAAGGAAUGCAGUGAAGAGCUAAGAGGGAUUAAAGAAGGGGUACAGCAACAGUGUUGCGCGUCAGAUGAAUGGACAGAAGAGCAGGACACUAUAUUGCGCCAGGCUUACUUCACUGCUCGACCAUCCCCACAUUUCUGGAAGAAAGUUUCUAAAAUGGUCCCAGGGAAAUCUGCUGAAGACUGCUUCAAUCGAGUUCAUGCUGACCUCUCAACGCCCACUCCAAUCGCCCCUCGUCCUCGAAGUAAAACACAGUUUUCUCCUCUAGCACAUUUCACAUUGUCUGAUCCAAAGUUUCCAAACCUUUUGGAACCUCUAGCCGGAAGACCAAGGACUGCCAAACAAAAGAGCCUAUUAGCACAGAAGACAGUGAGACAUUUGCUUAAGAAGCAUUCCCUCAUUGACCAAGCUCAAGAGGCUGAUCACUUCUCGCUAUUUGAAACUUCACCGUCUGCUUUACAAUUGAACAUUCCUCUUGACGAUUCUCCUGGGACCCCUGACAAUUAUCUAAAGUCCUUUUCCCUGCACAAGUACAGCGCGAGUUCUUCAGCACGUAAGAGACCGUUGUCAAGGUUGAAAACUAAGCAAGCUGAACCGAGUCCAGCAGUUCUGAAGCCUCUAAAGAAUACUGUUUUGCAUGAGAAGUACAUUAAUCAGUUGACCCGAAGAGAUGGCGCAAAAAAGCCUCGUAAGAAGGCUGCUGGCACCAAUGCAACUGAUCCUGAGAGGCCUCUCUCGGAGCAGCGAGCUGGUAGUGUGAAGGCUGCAAAGAAUGCUCUCAUUUCAGAAGCAACAGACUUCAUAGGCCAGUUUAAGAAGUUGCAAGCCAAUUCCCUUGCACACGUUCUGGAAAACAGUGAAGACGACGAGGAUAAUUCGGUGUAG